GAGCUUGGUGGGCGCCCGCAAUAAUCUCCUUUCUUUUUCACUCAGCAGAAGAAACCAGUGACGAAAGGUGGCAAAAAAAAGAAGCAGGUCCUGAAGUUUACUCUGGACUGCACCCAUCCUGUUGAAGAUGGAAUCAUGGAUGCUGCUAACUUUGAACAGUUCUUGCAGGAACGAAUCAAAGUGAAUGGAAAAGCUGGGAAUCUUGGUGGAGGUGCAGUGACCAUUGAGAGAAGUAAGAGUAAAAUCACUGUAACUUCAGAGGUUCCAUUUUCAAAGAGAUACCUGAAAUAUCUGACUAAGAAAUAUCUGAAGAAAAACAACUUGCGUGACUGGCUGCGUGUCGUUGCCAAUAGCAAGGAAAGUUAUGAAUUACGAUACUUCCAGAUCAACCAGGAUGAAGAGGAGGAAGAGGAAGAAGAUUAAAUUGAAUCUGGAAAUAUUUUGUAUAUUAAAUUUCCUUGAAUAAAAUGAAAAAAAAAAAUGUUAA